AUGCGGUCAUUCGUGCAGGUCUUGACGACGCCAACGGCGGAUACGCCUGGCACAACUCUCGUCCUCCACUUCGAUAGCAAGCGGUACAUCAUCGGCAGUCUAGCUGAAGGAACCCAGCGAGCAUGUGUACAAAUGGGAGCGAGACUUCUAAAGGUUUCAGAAUGCUUUGUGACAGGGAGGACGGAGUGGCAGAACACUGGGGGCUUGAUCGGCAUGCUCUUAACGCUGGCGGAUUCUUCUCAUGCAAGUCAGGCAGCGGCGAAGGAGGAGGCUGUGAAGCGGAUACGAUCGAAGGCAAAACGAGAAGGAUAUCUCGAGGAUGAGGAGAAGAUGCGACAGCUUGAGGAGGAUGCAAAGAGAGCUACGGACACGACGUUGAAUAUAUUUGGACCACCAAACUUGAACCACACAUUGGCUACUGCCAGACGAUUCGUCUUCCGGAAAGGCAUGCCAGUCAAUGCUCAUGAGAUCCGUGACGACGCACCCGCAGAUGAUUGGGCACCAAUGUGGGCAGAUGAGAACAUCAAGGUCUGGGCAAUGUCAGUAUCGCCGGACGUUGGCUCCUCAAAACCGAACGGCAAGAAGAGGAGUAUCGAUGAAGUCGAUGGUGAAAGGGAGGCGUCAGUCGUGCCAGAUGAUGAGCUGUCACCGAAAGACCGGGACUACUUGUCCGCAAAAGCAGUCGUGUCCGAGAUGUUCGAUUCAUCCUGGCGUCUGGACACUCUCCACGAGACACCUCUCGCGGCUGUACGGCUGCCAGCGGAACUGUUCGUUCGGAAUCCUCAGACAAACAAGAUUAGCAAGUAUAUUGGCCCAUUGCCAGGUGCAGUCGGUGAGCAACCUGACCCCGAUCAGAUAGUGCUUGUUCGGAAACCCUGGCCAGGUGCACUUGUUGAAAAGCUGCCUCACACCGAGCCUGCCAAAGAAUCGAUCAGCUACAUCAUUCGCAAUCACAUGCAGCGUGGCAAAUUCAAUCCCAAGCGAGCCAUGGAGCUGAAAGUGCCGAAGGGAUUUGCUUGGUCGCAAUUGACGAAAGGCGAGAAUGUGGAGAACACGGAGGGACAAACCAUCACCCCUGAGAUGGUGCUUGAGCCCAGCCGCGUCGGCGGUGGCCUUGCGGUGGUCGACCUUCCAAGUGCGGAGUACAUCGAUAACUUGGUCGCCAGGGCUGAAUGGAAAGAGCCGAAAGUGAUGGAAGGUGUUGGAGCUAUCGUGUGGAUUUGCGGAAAAGGCGUAGCAAUGGAUUCAAGGUUGCAUGCAUUCAUGAAGGAGUUUGAGCAUCUGCAGCACAUUGUUUCAUCAUCGGAAUACUGCCCGAACCACAUUGCGCUUGAUUCUGUCGCUGCCUCAACAGUUCGCCUGAAGCAGGUCGAUCCGGAUCGGUAUACUGUGCCUGUGCACGAUGCUGCGGAUGGCAAGUCGACAUAUGGCGGCGGCAACAACUUUCUCACAACACGAGAGAAGCACCCUCUCCCCAAAGGCGUCCAUAUCGCGGCCCGAGGACACGAGGUUCAGCUUGAGCCAACGAUCGAAUAUCAAACCAAGACCGAGGUUGCACCACUGAACAUCGCAGAGACGAUAUCAGAGACUCCUCAGGAUGUUCUGGCAGAAGCUGCAAAGUCGCAGGAGGCAGCAAAGGUCGUCAGUGACGAGCUGAGGACUUGGAUCGACAGCCUUCCUCCCGGCGCUGCAGAUGCUGAAGUCAUCACGCUCGGCACUGGCUCCGCACUGCCAUCAAAGUAUCGCAACGUUUCGGCGACAUUAGUCACUGUCCCUGGUUGGGGCAACAUCCUCCUCGACUGCGGCGAGAAUACCUUGGGCCAGCUCCGACGAGUCUACGGCGAGCAGGCACUCAAGCAAAUCUGGCAAGACCUGAAGAUCAUCGUCAUCAGCCAUAUGCACGCAGACCAUCAUCUCGGCACUGCCAGCGUGAUCAAGGCCUGGUACGAGCAAGUUCACAACAGCCAACCAGCACCACCAGCAUCGCCACGAAUCACCGCCGACUAUGGCGAACUCGACUGGCCGUCCGUCUUCAACGGCCAAAACAGGCUCGCCGUUGUCGCCGAAGCCGCCAUGCAGAACUGGCUCGAAGAGUACUCUGCAGUCGAAGACUACGGCUACUCACGCCUCGCACCUCUCAAUCUCAGCGCCGUCCGCUUCUUUUCGCGAACGUCCCAGUCCACUCUCAGCUGGUACAUUCCGCCCUCGCAACUAAAGAAUCUCUCCCACCAAGCCUACAAUGCCCGCCUCGAACAGAACUACAUCGACCCGGCCCUCAUCGGCCUCUCCGACAUCCAAGCCGCGUCGGUCAAACACUGCCACGGAGCCCGCGCCACCAGUCUGACGCUGAACACGGGUUUCAAAGUCAGCUACUCGGGGGACUGUCGGCCAUGCAAAGCGUUUUGGCAGAUCGGAAAGGACAGCACGGUCUGCAUCCACGAAGCCACGUUCGACGACGAAUUGCAAGGCGAUGCGGAGGCGAAACAGCAUAGCACGACCUCGGAAGCGCUGCAUGUCGCGCAGAACAUGAACGCGAAGGCGUGCGUGUUGACGCAUUUCAGUCAGCGAUACCAGAAAGUUCCGGUUCUCGAGCGGGCAGAUGCACAGGACGCUCCAGCAGCGGGACGAUACGAGCUUCCCUCAAAUCCAUCCCGCUUCGGUAGCAACGGAGGACCACCCGAAGCGGUCAAGUUCAAGCUCAACUCCGAUAUGAAAGUCUGUGUGGCGUUUGACUAUAUGCGAGUCCGGGUCGGUGAUAUCGGACAUAUGGAGAAGUUCACGCCGGCGUUG